GGAUUGAAGGAGACCGGUGGGGACGGGGCGGGGCGCAGCUUUGCGGCGCCCUAGCGCAGCGCUGGGGAGGGGGGGCGGCCGAAAGGGGGGCGGUGGUCGGGCCGCGCAGGCGGAGAUGGAAUGGGGCCCGGGCUCAGACUGGUCACGGGGGGAGGCUGCCGGCGUGGACCGCGGGAAGGCGGGGCUGGGGCUCGGCGGGAGGCCACCCCCGCAGCCGCCCCGGGAUGAGCGCGCCCAGCAGCUGCUGGACGCGGUGGAACAGCGGCAGCGGCAGCUCCUGGACACCAUCGCCGCCUGCGAGGAGAUGCUGCGGCAGCUGGGCCGCCGGCGCCCGGAGCCGGCUGGUGGCGGGAAUGUCUCAGCCAAACCUGGAGCGCCCCCCCAGCCAGCUGUCUCCGCCAGAGGUGGCUUUCCAAAGGAUGCUGGCGAUGGAGCUGCAGAGCCCUGACCAUCCCCAAGCCGGAUGCCCUGAAUUCUCUCCCCUCCCCAGGGCUCGUGGCUGGACUCUGAACAACUCCCUUCAAUAAAGGGGCCAGUCUUCACUGGCAGUGGCUGGUACUUGGCUCUCAGCCUGGGGUGGCAGCUCUGCUAGCAGCUGGGUUCACUCCCACUUCAUCCUGGCUGAAAGCAGUGCUGGGCUUUGAAAUGGAGCCAACGAAUACCCAGUCUGAUUACCCGGAUUUGGGCAGACUAGCAGUGCUAGCCAGAGUGGUCUGGCCUGCUAUGGGGGAUCUAGGUGGUGUUACAUGACCAUUUCAUGCUUUGGGGGCUCUUAGCCCCACAAAACACCUUCAGCAGAGCCUUGAUUAAAAGGAAACCUGCAGACUUUC